AUGGCUGUCAAGGUUUACAAAGAUUCGGAAGCUGAUCUCUCCAUCAUCCAGAACAAGCGCGUAACCUUUGUUGGUUUCGGCAACCAAGGCUCUGCUCAAGCACAGAACUUGCGCGACUCUGGUGUCAAGAAUAUCACCAUCGGCAACCGUGACGACGAAUACAAGCCCAGAGCUGUCGAGGCCGGAUUCACGGUCAAGAGCAUCAGCGAGUCCGUCAAGGACGCUGAAGUCAUCUUCCUUCUUAUUCCCGAUGAGGUCCAGCACCAGGUCUGGAAGGAGCAAAUCAAGGAUAACCUUGCAGACAACGCCACCCUUGUUGUCGCCUCUGGUUACGCCGUUGCCUUUGAUCUUUUGGAUAUCCCUCCCACCAUGAGCGUUGUCAUGGCUGCCCCACGCAUGAUUGGCCCUGGUGUCCGUGACCGCUAUGUUGCCAAGGAGCCCUACCCUUGCUUUGUCUCUGUCGAGAAGGAUCCCAAUAGCAACGCAUUGCCUAUCGUCCUUUCCGUUGCUCGCGCAAUUGGUGCUACCUUGGGCGGUGCAGUAGAGUCCUCGUGCCGUGAAGAAGCUGGUAUCGAUCUCUUUGCCGAGCAGGCACUCUGGCCCGCUAUCAACACCUGCUUCCGCGAAGCCUUCAACACCCUCAAGGCCGCUGGUUUCUCUGAUGAAGCUAUCUUGCACGACAUGUACCUCUCCAAGGAGCCCUCUGAAGUCUUUGAGCGUGCUGCCACUGUCGGCUUCUUCCGUCAGCUCAAGUUCCACUCGCCCACUUCCCAGUUCGGUCAGCUCCGUGGUACCAUGGCAAACGACGGCACUGCUAUGCGCGCCAAGUUCGAAAAGGUUUUGCACCAGGACAUCUUGUCUGGUGAAUUCGCCAAGUUCUGGUCCGGUGCUUUUACCUCGGGCACCUCCGACCUUGAAGAGCUCUGGAAGAAGUCUGAGGAGGACCCUAUCUCCCAGGCUGAAAAGAGAAUCGGCCUCCAUGACUAA